GCAGCUCUUUUAAGAGUAUCCUCUCUAGAGGUCCAGAGCACCAUGCCUUCUUCUUCUUCUUCCUCCUCCUCCUCCUCCUCUUCCAAAAGGAAAAGCAAAGGGAGGCUCCCAGCUGAGAGCUCUGCUCCUCUCUCCUUGGUGGAGGGAGCCCCUCCAUGCCUGAAUUUAGCCGCUGCAGAGUCCCUGGAGAAAACAGAUGAUAAAGUCCCAGAAACGUUCAGAAGAUCUCUUGUGCAGCUGGCACUCAGCAACAUGAAAGUGGCAAAUAUAUGCAUAGGGCGACCAGUUUUGCUUACCAGCAGUAAUGGACAAGAGGUUUGUACUGCAUGGCCAGUUCCAGGAUUUCCUGGUGGAAAAGUCGGCUUAAGUGAAAUUACACAGAAGAAUCUGAAAGUGGUACCUGGUGAUGCAGUCAUGGUUCAGCCUAUGACUGGUGCUGUGCUGCAAGCAGAGGAAGUAGAAGUAAAGCGCAGGUCUAAAGAUGUCUGUCUUAAUGCUGAUGAGUUGUCUGCUAGUCUUUUGAGAAACCUAGAUGGAAAAGUUGUUUUACCAGGAAAUAUCCUGCAAAUCACUUUUUAUGGGCGGUCUUGCAACCUAAUGGUUACACAAGUGAAAGGGACAGAUGGUAUUCUCCUGAAAAUGCCAGACACCUCAAUUUUGAAGCCCACACAGGAACUACCACUGGAGAAUUUUGAUACCAGUGAUUUUGACUUAUCUGUGCAACUUGGCAAACUCCUCAUUGAAGACAGUCAAGGAGUAAUGUCUACCAGUACUCCAUGUAAGCAGGUGGAUCACAGCAUAUCAGUUAAUGUUUCCACAGAUGCUGGGGAGCAUGGUGAACUGAAUUCUGGUUCAGCAGAGAUGAGUUUACUUGGUGAUAGUGUUCCAACUUCCAUUUCUCACUCUGAAAGUAGCGAGAAAUGCUUUGCAAGCGAAGAAGUAUUGCAGACUGAUAAAACAGCAGCACUUGUAACAUAUCAAACAUUCUAUUUCAUCUCAUCAAGGACUAAGAUCAGAUUCACUGAACCUCGAAGUAAAGUAAUAGAAGAAUGCAAUCUUGAACCAAAGGUUACUUAUGAUUCAGUAGGUGGACUCAGUAGCCAACUAAAAAGUAUAAGAGAAAUUAUUGAACUUCCUCUGAAGCAGCCUGAUCUGUUUAGGCAUUAUGGAAUCCCCCCUCCAAGAGGGGUGCUGCUAUAUGGCCCUCCAGGUACAGGGAAGACACUGAUAGCCAGAGCAGUUGCAAAUGAGGUGGGAGCACACGUCACCACAAUUAAUGGUCCAGAAAUAAUAAGCAAGUUUUAUGGAGAGAGUGAAGCUAGGUUACGACAAAUAUUUGCUGAAGCCUCUUUACGUCAACCAUCUAUUAUAUUUAUUGAUGAAAUUGAUGCACUCUGCCCAAAGAGGGAAGGAACACAGAAUGAAGUUGAGAAAAGGAUUGUUGCUUCUUUAUUAACAUUGAUGGAUGGCAUUGGAUCAGAAGGUAGUGAAGGGAAACUCUUGGUACUUGGAGCCACAAAUCGUCCCCAUGCUCUUGAUCCAGCUCUGCGCAGACCUGGACGCUUUGACAAAGAGAUAGAAAUUGGAGUUCCCAAUGCUCAGAACCGGUUAGACAUCCUUACCAAGCUUCUUAAAAAAGUUCCUCAUUCACUGACAGAAACAGAGUUGAAUCAGUUGGCUGAGAGCACCCACGGAUAUGUAGGAGCAGACCUGGCAGCACUGUGCAAAGAAGCAGGACUGUAUGCUUUACGGAGAGCACUUGGGACAAAAACAAAUGUCUCAGAUGAUGAGGUGUCUGGAUCAGUGAUUGUUACUUGCAGUGACUUUCUGCAGGCAAUGAAUGAUGUCAGGCCCAGUGCCAUGAGGGAGGUGGCAGUUGAUGUGCCAAAAGUAUCCUGGCCAGACAUUGGAGGACUGGAAGAUGUCAAAUUAAAACUGAAGCAAGCAGUUGAAUGGCCUCUGAAGCAUCAUGAAUCAUUCACUCAAAUGGGUAUUCAGCCACCAAAGGGUGUGCUUCUGUAUGGACCUCCAGGAUGUUCAAAAACAAUGAUUGCUAAGGCUUUGGCCCAUGAAAGUGGGUUGAAUUUCUUGGCAGUGAAGGGACCAGAACUGAUGAACAAAUAUGUUGGAGAAUCUGAACGUGCCGUCAGGGAGAUAUUUAGAAAAGCCCGAGCUGUUGCACCGUCCAUAUUGUUCUUUGAUGAAAUUGAUGCCCUGGCAGUAGAACGGGGAAGUUCCUCAAGUUCUGGAAAUGUGGCAGACCGUGUCUUGGCGCAAUUACUGACAGAAAUGGAUGGGAUAGAACAACUAAAGGAUGUAACUAUCUUGGCAGCUACAAACCGACCAGAUAUGAUAGACAAGGCUUUGAUACGACCAGGUCGAAUUGACAGAAUCAUAUAUGUUCCUCUACCUGAUUCAGCCACUCGUAGAGAAAUCUUUAAGAUUCAGUUUCGUACCAUGCCCAUCUCAGAUGAAGUCCACGUGGAUGAGCUUGUUCAACGAACGCAGAAGUAUUCAGGAGCCGAGAUAAUUGCAGUUUGCAGAGAAGCUGCCCUUCUUGCCCUUCAGGAAGAUAUUCAGGCCAAAUGCAUUAUGGGGCAGCAUUUUGAACAAGCACUGGCUAUUGUGACCCCUAGAAUUCCAGAUUCGCUACAGAAGUUUUAUGACGAUUAUCAGCAGAAGAGUGGACUGCAUUCACUUUGAGAAAUUGAUUAAUAAUGGUGCAGCGUGCAGUAUGACUUCAGGAGCCCUUCUAUGAGUUGAAUAGCUUUUUUGUGUGUAGCAAAGACAUUUAUUUUUAUAAGUCAAAUGCUUGAAUUGAACUUUGCUGUAGGAGUUUUCUUAAUAAAGAGCUUGAACAGAGGUUGGGAAUUGUGUAAGCAUGACAGAAAUUCUCUGCUACAAUAGCAUGCCAUAAUUUUACAUCAUUAUUGUAAUCUUGUCACUGGUGGCUUCAUUUUAGUUUGAUCUCUCUUUUCUUUAGAACAUGAGUCCAUUGGCUUCUUUUCAAAUUAUCUGUCAUGUACUAUAAGCCAUAUUCUAAGCCAUCCAAACCACAUAAACACAUCUGCCAUUCACCCAGCUGCCCCUCCUCCAAACCCCAGCUUUCACAUGGUCCACAUUUCCCCCUUGCCAUUUUCAGAGCUGCCAAAUGUAAGUUGAUGUUUUAAUUCAGCUAUGAACCACGACCCCAAGACAGAUCCCUCUCGUGGUCAGGCACCACCAGGAUCAAAUCCCAUCAGUGUUUAUGUGAAGUUACACACAGAUGCUGGAAUUUAAGGUUCCUUUCCCAGUUUGGAAGAGAUCAUUUUACAGGUUUGAUUGAUUUAAUCACCCUGAAUAAUUGUGUGUAAAACCCAGAAGUAACUAAUUACAGAUAAUAGGUUACAUAUAAUUAAUUCAGCAACAUGGGAGCUGCCUUGUAUUUAAUCAGGUCCUUGAUCUCUGUAUCUGAGUAUUCUCAUCUCUGACUGGUAGUGGUAGUCCAUGGUUUCAUGUCUAUUGAUAUUCCUUGGUGGUCUCUCAUCCAAGUGCUAACCUGUCCUAUCCUUGCUUAAAUUCUGAAAUCAAACAAGAUUGGGUGACUUCAGGAUAGUGUGGUAGAUAAUUCUGAUUAGACUUUAAAACUACUUUAAUAGUUACAGGAGGCUGUGGCCUCCUUAGUUAGAUGUGUUUUGUACCACAAACAAAGUCUACAAUAUUCUGAAGUCGUUUUAGUUCUGAAUUAACCUUUCCUCAAAAAGAGUUAAUUUUAAAACCACGUUAACCCAAGUAAGGAAUCAGAAUUUUUUUGAAAUGCAACUGUAAUUUGUUACUUUUUCAAAAACAGCUUUCCAAACAAGCCUGUCCACCCCAUUUCUUACCCAUAACUUCAGGUUAUUGUGAAUAAGUUAAAUAGCUUCUCAUCCUACGGAAAAUGGUUGAGGGGGACCCCACUUUUCUCUUGUAAGAAUUGUUUUGUUUUCUGAUCUUUAAGCUAUCAUUGGUCCAUUAGACUAUGACUCAGCUUUUGGUGACUGAUUUGACAAAAUAUUUUAAAAUUACCAUUUCCACAGUAUUAACUUAAUCCUUUAAUGUUCUCCAUGUAACCCAGAAGUGUGGAAAAUUGUGAUUCCCAAUAUUAUGGAGAGGCCCCACACACAGAGGAUGUGCUCCUCUUCAGAUUGUCACUCUACAUGUGGAGAGCAACAACCAGUGUAUGUAUGGAGGGGGAACAUACUCUCCUUUCACAUGUUGAUUUUCAGCUCUUUUCCAACAUUUGAAUAGUGUUGAUAAGACAACUACUAUAAAAUUCAAUUAAACAAUAGUAGAAUGCAAAUUUAUUGAAACAGCAACAGAACUAAUAAACCAACAAUGAAAGGCA